AUGGUCGCGCCCAAGAAACCUCAAAGUGAGAUCGGCAACAAGUUGAACAACAUGCCCUACAAUAAGAGGGACUCAGCCAUGGGUGGUAAGGCCGACGGAAAGGGCCCGAAUGGUAUGCUUUUCUACAUCUCACCGAACCGCAAGAUCGAUGCUAACUGUAUUGGAGGCGCCCGAUCUGGAUUCAGGACCGACACUGCCAUUUCCAACAACCGACCGGGCAACGAGCGAACCCUACAACCAUGGGUCCCUGACUCCAGCGAUGGUAUUGACGGGAGUCUGGAGAAGUCCUCUAGCAGUGGAGGAGCCUGGGAUCAGUUCGCUGAGAACGAGCGGCUCUUCGGCCUCAAGACAGACUAUGAUGAGAACAUCUACACCACUACCAUUGACAAGAGCCACCCUCAGUACCGAGAGCGUAUGGCCGCCGCGGACCGAAAGGCUCGCGAGAUUGAGCGAAGCUUGGCCACCACAGCGCACGUGGCAGAGGAGCGUGUGAUGGACUUUGUCAGUGGUGGUGGUGAUGAUCAUGGUGGUGACGAAGAAGACAAGUAG